AUGAAAAAUAAAUAUUUCAAUCAAAAUAAUAAGUUCUUCAACACAGUAAAAAGAAAUUUCUUUCACUUCUUAAAAGCAGAAAUAGUGAAUUAUCUUUCAUUAAAUUUCGUCCUAUUCAAAAACUUUUAAAUUUAUUAAGAAUAUGUGCAGAAUUAAAAAUUUCAGAUAGAAUUUCUAAAUCUGUUGAAUUUGAUAAAGUAAUUGAAUCUAAACCAUUUUCUACUAAAUCUAAUAGAACUAAACAUAGUUCAUCUUAAUAUUUUGAUCAUUCAGUUCAUGUUCAAUAGUUCAAAGAUGAAACUACACCUAAAUAAAGGAGGAGAACUUUGAAAUUUCUCUCAUCUCAAUAAUUAUUCAUUAAAACAACUAUUCCACCUUAAAUAAAACCAGAAAAAAAAUCAAAUCUUUCCUCUGUUAAUACUUAAUCCCCAAGAUAAAAAAUUUCAGUUAGAAAAUUACCUUUAAAUGAAUUAGAAUCUAAACUAGAACAUCUAAAAUCUAAUUUCUAAGAUCCAAAUCUUUAAACAAGAAUUCUUUGUAAAGUACCAAGUUAAAUGUAUUUAAAUUUAUUAUUUUUAGAUUAAUUCGAAAUGGAAUACUCUUACUAACUUAAAAAAAUUAAUUUAAAUAUCAUAAUGUAAAGAAUGUUUGGAAGAUGAUAAUUCAUCAUUAGCUUCUCAUACAGAAUUAAAAUUAGAUUCUAUCUAUAAUAAUUCUAAACAUCUCAAACAAGAAUCAUAAAAACUAUGAACAUAAAAAAGUAGAGUAUCGAUAAGAAUCUAUUAAAUUAUUUUAUUAGAAAAUUUAUAGUAAAAUAUGA